AUCCGUGGGAAUACGAACGUAUAGCGCCUUCAGUGCAGCUGCAUUAUACCUAUUUGGCGUUAAGCGGUGUAUGUUAAGCUCAAUAUACUAACGUGAGAGUGCCUGUCCUGAACUGAUUAGGAACUAGAGCAUUAAGACGUAAGGUGGAGUGGAGUUCGUGUCAGCGGUGUGAUCAAGAUUAACCUUUGAACCAAUGCUGUUAUCACAGUAAAUACCAGUGAUGACAUAUUCCUUCCUCUGGUAAAGUCAGUUCUGCUUGUUGUAUAGAUAAAACCAUCAAAACAUGGAAAUCAACUUUAGAACGAAACGUGUUCUUGUAACUGGAGCUGGAAGAGGAAUUGGGCGAGAGCUGGCUAAGCGAUUGGCUAGCUCGGGAGCAGAGGUGGUUGCUGUCUCACGUUCCAAGGAGGGGCUCGAUUCAUUGUCAGCAGAAGUGAACACAAUUAAGACGAUUGCUGUAGAUCUGGCUGACUGGGAUGCAACACGGGCUGCCAUACUGUCUGCUGGUCCUAUCGACUGUCUUGUUAACAAUGCCGCUCAUGCUUGCCUCGAGUCCUUCCUUGAUAUCAAGCCCGAAAGUUUUGACAAAUCAUUUGCCGUGAAUGUCAGAGCAGUGAUCAAUGUGAGUCAGGUUGUGGUAGAAGAUAUGAUAAAGCGAAAGAGUGGAGGUAGCAUUGUUAAUAUCUCAUCUCAAGCUUCCCAGGCAGCCUUGGCAGACCACACCGUGUACUGUGCCACAAAAGGAGCUCUGGACAUGGUAUCUCGUGUUAUGGCUCUGGAGCUGGGACCACAUAAUAUUCGGGUCAAUUGUGUCAACCCAACUGUUGUUCUAACAGAUAUGGGGAAAUUGGGUUGGUCACAUCCUGAGAAAGCUGGUCCCAUGCUAACCAAGAUACCUUUAGGAAGAUUUGCAGAGGUUCAUGAGGUGGUGGAUGCUGUUGUCUAUCUUCUCAGUGACAAAUCUUCCAUGAUAAGUGGAGUUACUCUCCCCAUUGAUGGAGGAUUCCUUGCUACAUAAACGGAAUGGAGUACUCAUGCAUGGAGGAGAUGGAAACUCAGAUUAAUAUUUUAUGGAGAGGAGUCAUAAAUAUUUUGAUGCCUAUGUUACUGCUUACUUAUUGUGCAAAUAAAUAUAAAAAUAUAUCACAUGAAAAA